AUGUCGCCGACAGCUCCGUUCAUGGUUGCCAUUGCUGGCGGGCCAGCAGCAGGAAAGAAAACCAUCUGCAAAGCAAUCGCAUCAAGCCUGCAGACGCUACAUAACCCACCCAACGUUCUCCACCUCGCCUUAUCCGAUUUCCACUACGAACUCGGGAAGGAUGCGCAAGCCGAAGAUACAGAAGGAGGAGUACAGGAGAUCAAUUGGCACGCACCAGGCGCCUACGACUUCGACCUCCUCACCACAACCCUCACAUCCCUCACAUCCCUAGCAUCCUCCGACCCAGACCUCAAAAUUCCAACCUUUGACCGCAGCACGCAUACAAGAAAAUUCAUUACGCCCAUAACCUGUUCAGGUCGGGAAACGACGCAGAUUGAUGUUGUACUAGUUGAGGGGGAGUAUACGCUGUGGUCGAAGAUGGUGAGGGAGGAGUUGGUUAGUUUGAGGGUUUUCGCGGAUUUGGAUGCGGAUGAGAGGUUGUCGAGACUCGUGCUCAGAGAUACGGAAGAGAAAGGCUACCCACUAGCCGCCAUCCUCGACGACUACGUCAAAUUCGCCAAACCCUCCUUCGACGAAUUUAUCCUCCCCACAAAACAAUUCGCAGACAUCAUCCUCCCCCGUGGCGACCUCAAUACCCAAGGUAUCGAGCUAAUCGGGUUACACAUCACCGAGGCACUACGCGCACGACAAAAUAAGGAUGUCGUGGUAGUAGAGAAGAAGAAGGGUCCUAGGAUGAGUGCGAUGGCUGUUGUUAGUGGGACGGAGACACCGGGUGGGUCUUGGAGAGAGAUUCCGAGGGAGGGUGGGAGUUUCUAUGAGAUUGGUGGGUAG